CAAUAUGACUAAGUAUAUGCUACUAUCAAAUAAAGUUAUUGUCUAGCUUGUAAAACUUGUGAACUAGUGCUUUACUUGAUUCAGCCCAAAUGAGAGCUGUGUCUCAGUCUGUAGUGUGAUGCUAGUCUCUGGAGAAGUGUCUCUAUAGAAACACACCCGAGUCCCGUGAUCACCGCUCAGGCGUCCAUCGUGAUCAGGAGACCGGAUGAUCUGUUGAUGAAGCUCGUGUGUCUGCGGUCUGGAGGCUGACUGCUCUCGCGCUCUUCCGUGGCCAUGAGUGCGGAGAAGCACAACUUCCUGUCUCAACCCGAGGUGAAAAACAUCUAUUUCUAUCGGAACGGGGAUCGCUAUUACGAGCCCAGGCGCUUGGUGAUUAACUCGAAGCGGGUUUCGACCUUCGACACGCUGCUGCGGGAGGUGACCGGCGGCGUGAGGGCUCCGUUCGGCGCGGUCCGGAGCAUCUACACGCCCAAAGCCGGACACCGGGUCCAGUCCCUGGAGCACCUGCGCAGCGGAGAGCAGUACGUGGCCGCUGGACGAGAGAGCUUCAAGAAGAUCGAUUACUUACAGAUAGGAUCCAGGAAGAAAAAAGUGCUUCAGACCAAUGGAGUGCUCAAGCCGGUUCCUCAGAGUCGUCUGAUCGUGUCUGCCAGAUUCCUCAAGCCCAUCAAAGAGCCCUGUGCUGUAUUUGUCGUGGCCAAUGGAGACGUCCUGAACCCAGCGGUGAGGUUGCUGAUUCCCAGCCGUGUGAUUGGUCAGUUUGAGCGGAUUCUGGAGAUGAUCACAGAGAAAAUGGGCCUGCGGAUCAUUGGGGGUGUCCGGAGUCUGUACACCUUUGAAGGGACUCUGGUUCUGGACGGAAAGGAGUUAGAAAACGGACAGUUUUACGUCGCUGUUGGCAGAGACAGAUUCAAAAGGCUUCCAUACAGCGAGCUGCUCUUCAGUAAAGCCAUCGGCGUGAAGAGAGUGAACGGGUCUAAAGCGGCUUCACUACCUCCGAUAUACAAAUACAGACAGCAGAAUGGAGAUGUGGUGAGUGAGUGUGAGUGUGCAGCGGAGAAGAGCAGUCCUCCGGCGCAGAGCUGUAAAGAGCAGCUGUCGUCUGUGGUCCGAGAGAUCUCACAGGCCAAGCUCAUGAACAUCCGCAAGAAGAGGAGCGGACUCACUCAGGACAACAAUGAUGCAGAGGAUGGAAGAGCAGAAGAUGAGAAAUCUUCACCGGUCCAGCAGGGGGCAGAGGAGACCAGUCCUGAUGUAGACCACUCACCCACAACAGAAGAAUCAGCAUGUGACGGAGAAGAAGAGAAGAGACCAGAGGAGGAGAAAGAGGAGGAGAAGAAAGAAGAGAAGAAAGAAGAGGAGGAGAAAGAGGAGGAGAAGAAAGAAGAGGAAGAGAAAGAGGAUGAAGAAGCUGAAGGAGGACAUGAAGAGAAACCAGAUGAAGAAGAGGAAAAGCAGGAGAACACAGAGAACGAGGGAGAGCUGACGGAGGAGAAUCCAGAUCCCGGUGAGGAUGCGUCCUCAAAUACUGAAUGA